AUGAAGCCGCCUGGCAGCAUCUCCCUGCGGCAGCCGCGCUGCGGCCGCCGCCUCUCCGCCGCCUGCCACCUCACAGUCCUGCAGCUCUUCGGUCGCCUCGUCUCGCUGCUUCUGCUCCUCUAUGGCUCAUCCUGCCUCCGGGUCCGCGCGGGCGCAACGGCCACCGACCUGCACUGGAAUGAAACAGCAGGCGGUAUAGAGGGAGUACUGGCAGAUGAAGAGAAUACAUUUCAAGCAAAUAAAAGCAGUAACAGUAAAAAUAACAGCUACAGCGGUGCAAUCCAGAAAGAAAUCACACUGCCUUCAAGAUUAAUUUAUUACAUUAAUAGAGACUCUGAAAGCCCUUACCAUAUCCUGGAUACCAGGGCAAAGCACCAGCAGAAAAACAACAAGGCUGUACAUCUGGCCCAGGCAAGUUUCCAGAUUGAGGCCUUUGGUUCCAAAUUCAUCCUUGACCUCACACUGAAUAAUGACUUGUUAUCUUCAAAUUAUGUGGAGAUUCACUAUGAAGAUGGAAGACCAAAGUUUUCUAAGGGUGGAGAGCAUUGCUACUACCAUGGGAUUAUCAGAGGGAUCAAGAAUUCUAAAGUUGCCCUUUCAACUUGCAAUGGACUUCAUGGCAUGUUUGAAGACAGUACUUACUUAUACUUGAUAGAGCCAAUGGAUCUGACCCACAGUGCGGAAAGUAAAAGUAGGCCACAUAUCAUCCGAAGAACUUACGGAACACGAGCCUCCACACAGUUGCAAGACCUUGAGACUGAAUCUAGUUCUGAAUGGCCCUUUCUGUCUGAACUACAGUGGCUGAGGAGAAAGAGAAGAAAGAGAGCAGUAUCUCGUGGUAUCUUUGAAGAAAUGAAAUAUCUGGAGCUCAUGAUAGUCAAUGAUCAUAAAAUGUUCAAAAAGCACCGUUCUUCAAAUGCAUACACAAACAAUUUUGCAAAAUCUGUGGUAAACCUUGUAGAUGCUAUAUACAAGGAACAGCUGAACACUAGGGUGGUUCUUGUUGCUGUGGAAACUUGGACAGACAAAGAUCGUAUUAAUAUUCACCCUGAUCCUCUGCAGAUGCUUCACGAUUUCUCCAAAUAUCGUCAGCACUACAUCAAACAGCAUGCUGAUGCUGUGCACCUGUUAUCGAAUGUGACGUUUCAUUACAAAAGGAGUAGCUUGAGUUACUUUGGAGGGGUUUGCUCUGUGACCCGAGGAGUAGGAGUGAAUGAGUAUGGCCUCCCUUUGGCUAUGGCACAGGAACUAGCACAAAGUCUUGCUCAGAAUCUUGGAAUACAAUGGGAGCCAGCUGCAAGGAAACCAAAGUGUGAUUGCACUGAAUCCUGGGGUGGUUGCAUCAUGGAGGAAACAGGGGUAUACCAUUCCAGGAAAUUCUCCAAAUGCAGCAUUGCAGAAUAUAAAGAAUUUUUACUUCGUGGGGGAGGUGCCUGUCUUUUCAACAGACCAACAAAGCUCUUUGAAACCACUGAGUGUGGAAAUGGAUAUGUAGAAGCAGGAGAAGAAUGUGAUUGUGGCUUUCGAAUGGAAUGCUAUGCAGACUGUUGUAAGAAGUGUUCUCUUUCUAAUGGAGCUCAUUGUAGUGAUGGACCCUGCUGUAAUACAUCAUGUCUUUUUUUCCCACGAGGAUAUGACUGUCGAUAUGCAGUGAAUGAAUGUGAUAUUGCAGAGUUCUGCACUGGAGAUUCUGGGCAGUGUCCACCAAAUCUUCAUAAACAAGAUGGGUAUGCCUGUGAUUCUAAUCAGGGUCGUUGCUAUAAUGGUGAAUGCAAGACAAGAGACAAUCAGUGCAGAUAUAUCUGGGGAUCUAAGUCUUCAGGGUCUGACAAAUUUUGUUAUGAAAAGCUUAAUACCGAAGGUACUAAAAAGGGAAACUGUGGAAAGGAUGGAGACCGAUGGAUUCAGUGUAGCAAACAUGAUGUUUUCUGUGGUUUUUUGCUCUGUACUAAUCUUACUAGAGUUCCACGAGUCGGUCAAGUUCAAGGAGAAAUUAUCCCAAAUUCUUUUUAUCAUCAAGGACGAAUAGUGGACUGCAGUGGUGCUCAUGUUCUUUUAGAUGAUGAUACAGAUUUAGGUUAUGUGGAGGAUGGAGCUCCAUGUGGACCUCAAAUGAUGUGUCUGGACAAAAAGUGCCUGCCAAUUCAGUCCUUGAACAUAAGCAGCUGUCCCAUUGGUUCUAAUGGAAAAGUCUGUUCAGGUCAUGGGGUUUGUAGUAAUGAAGCCACUUGCAUUUGUAAUUUCUCCUGGGCUGGGACAGACUGUAGUAUUGAUGAUCCUAUCAGGGAUACUGGUACUAAGAAGGACGAAGGACCCAAGGAAAUGUCAAAAAAAGAAGGUUUGAUCCAAGUCAGCAAGGCCCUAUCUGAAGAAGGGCAAUUAAAAAAAACUGCUUCUUGCACUACUGGAUUUUGGAUAUAA